GGUGCCAAGAUGUGGAAGAAUCCCAUAAAUAUCCUCCCUCGAAUUCAAAGUUGCCCCCAACGGUGCUUACUCCAUAUGGCGCAGGAAUACCAGCAUUAUCAUCACAGCAGAUUGGCUUACCACACUAAAGAUUAUCACAUUAUCACAUCCACAUGGCUAUUUCCGAUUAUUCACUACCGUUCUAAGGUUCUAAGCAGCCAAGAUCCAAAUUUCCCCUUACUAACACUCUUCUUUUGUCCACCAUGUUUAUUUUAUAUAUCACGUCGCGUCCCCCUUCAUCGUCUACGAGUUUCGAGUUCAUGUGUAUGCAAUUUACGUCUCGAUACAUAUCGCCUCUAUAAGGGAUCGCAAACACUCUCGUUGACACCCCCACCAUGGCGCCGGCACACGAAUCGGGGUCGUUUCUAUGGAAUAGAAAGAUGCACAGGAGUUUGAUUUUCGCGACUUGUAUUUUAAGUUUGCUUAUGUUAGUUUUCUACUAUCAAUACGACUUAUCAUCAAUAUCGAAAUUCCAUCUGGACAAACUAACACCAGGAGGGUCGAGCGCGGUGGGCGAUUCUGUAGCGCCAGAAUCAAAGUCUUCAACUGCAAACCUAGAAGGAGAUUUGGCCACCGGCAGUCCGAAAACUAGUAUAGCUUCGACAGGCUCGAAGGGAGGUUCGACGAACACGAAAGUUGAAUUGGACCAGACGCGGGUUGCUCUCCUUCUCGAAACUCGGCCCAUACCUCAUUUGCCCGCUCUUCUCGCACACUUUAUAUCCGUUUUACCCGCACCGUGGGUUUUCCGCUUCGUUGGAACCCCGGAAGCUAAUGCAUUGAUUUCCUCUUCCUCGUCUCUAUCCGGUCAUGUCAAGACUGGAAAAUUGGUCAUUACCGAGCUCCCCGAGAAAUACGCCAUCAAAGACCAGGAGACUAUAAGCAUGACUCUUACAGAUUUGACCUUCUACAGAGACUUUCUCGCUCCUGCGGAAUGGGUUCUGAUGUUUCAAAGCGAUUCAAUGAUAUGCGCAUCCUCUGAGUAUAACAUAGAAGACUGGAUUUCCAAAGACUAUUCCUGGGUCGGUGCCCCGUGGAAUAUGGCUGUAAAGGGUGGAAAUGGAGGGUUGAGUCUCAGGCAUAUCCCUCCCAUCAUUAAAAUCCUCGAAAAAGAAGUUCGUAAGCCCGGUACUCCGUGGGAAGAUCGUUGGAUAUGCGAUCGCCUCAUAGAAUCAGAUGCUAGCAAAAUGCCUGGACCAGACGUAGAAGUCAAAUUCAGCGUGGAAAGCCAGUGGUACGAGAAGCCCUUUGGUUAUCAUCUAAUAGGAAGUGGUAAAUUCUUGGUGCCGGCCGUCUGGGAUAAUAAAGAGCGCAGAAAGCAUAUUUUGGAAUAUUGCCCGGAAGUCAAGAUUGUGCUGGAUAUGGAUCUGAUCAAAGAGACAGAGAAAUUGACCAAGGAACUCGAGGAACUAAAAUCUCCAAAGGCUGGCACGGAAAAAGAGAAAGGAAAGGAAGAUGGGCCCAAGUAAAUCACAUGGGAGGAAAAGAAGAUGAAUUUAUAGAGCACAUAGUAAAUAUAUAUAAUACCCACGAAUAAUGACGUUGACAUUGAUAGACAAAUUAAAGACACAAAUACA